CUAGCUAUGAAGAUGACCUACCAUUGAAUUUGAUCACUGCCCUGUUACUCGUAUGGUAUGGGUUUUUGUGAGCUCUGCCUCCAAUCGCUCUUCGAUUUUAGGCAGUGAAAUAAGUCAGAAAGUUUAGACAACCAUGGGGUACGUCCAGUCGCUGUUUGGUAUAUUCUCAGGAGCCUUUGUGUUUUGGUUACUCUUUGUAAGAAGAGCUACCAAACCUGGUAAGCUGAUCAGAAGACGCAGACUGACACCGGAGAACUACGAGUACAACAUGGUUCGAGCGACCAUACCCCUUCGAUCUUCCGGUAACCUUCUGAGAUUUGUACGUCACCUUUCAAACACGUGGAUUGGCAGAUUGAUUCUCAACCCUAAAACCAAAAGAGCACUUCACUACAAUAUGCUCCACAAUUAUGUGAUAGAGGAUCACCCCACAUAUGAACCAGUAAUGCCUGCCAGUGAACCUAGUGAAGCAAGAAAUCCGCUAGAGAUUGAUUUAAAUUAUCUCAUUCAACCAGAGAGGAAAGAAAGCCAUGAUUUUAAGUUCAGAACAGUCUCGGACUUCUAUCAUGCUUAUAGGUCAGGUAAGGUGACUCCAGAAGAUAUAGCUGAGUGUGUUAUGGAAGACGUGGAGAAGACAGAACAAAUGAAACCUAGGAUGAGAAUGCUAGCAGAAUAUGAUGUUGAGGAUGUUUAUAAGAUGGCAAGGGAAUCAACUAUACGGAUCAAUAAUAAGAAGCCUCUUUCAAUCUUUGAUGGGAUACCUGUUGUCAUCAAGGAAGAAUUAGCUGUCAAACCAUACCAUCUUCGUAGCGGAACCACGUUCCUGGGUCGUGACCCUGUGAAGGAGGAGUCUACUAUAGCAGCUAAGCUGCGUGCCGGGGGCGCUGUGAUCAUAGGGGUAGCUAACAUGCAUGAAGUCGGCCUGGGCGUCACCGGUAUGAACAUCAGUGCGAGUGGUACUGCACGCAAUCCUUACAACCCUCACCAUUACCCCGGUGGCAGUUCAUCUGGUUCAGGGGCCUGUGUGGCUGCUGGUCUGUGCCCCAUCGCCAUAGGAACAGAUGGAGGUGGUUCAGUGCGCAUCCCUUCUACGCUGUGUGGCAUUGUGGGAUUGAAGCCGACCCAUGGGCGUUGGUCACGGCACGGCACCAUGCCCCUCUGUCGUACAGUGUCUGUAGCAGGCCCUAUGACGACAUGUGUACAGGAUACAGCCAUGCUCCUAGAGUUCUUGGCCGGUGAAGACCCUCUAGACUCUGCCACUUGGCAUCAGCCAACCUUGACGAUUGGUGACCUUCAGCCGAAAAGCCUGAGCGGACUCAAGAUUGGCAUCGACUGGAAACACUUCAGGGAUGCCAAUGCAGAGAUUGUUGCAGAAUGUGAAAAAGCUGUGGUAUACUUGGAGAAACAAGGAGCAGAGCUGGUGGCCAUCAACAUCCCAGAAUGUGAGGAGAUGAGAAUGGCCCAUUGUCUCCUCAUCUCCACAGAAAUGCAUUCUUUCCUCCAAGAAGCCUAUAGAGAUAAUCUCUGUGAUUUUGUUGGAGACACUGCCCUUGUUCUAGGCCUGGCUUCAUCAGCUAAUGCAGUGGAGUACAUCAAUGCUAACAAACAACGAACAAGAACUAUCCAUUUCCUCAAGCAGAUCUUCAAACAAGUGGAUGUCAUUAUCUGUCCAGGUUGUGGCAUCACUGCACCAAGGAUACAACCAGGUGACCUCAAAUAUGGUGUCAAUGACACCGGCAUGAUCAUCGAUAUUAUGAGGUUUUCUCCACUGGCCAAUCUGACUGGCAUCCCGGGACUAGUUGUCCCGGUGGGCUACGACGCAAAGAACCUUCCGAUCGGUCUGCAGAUCAUGGGCCCUUGGUGGGAGGAGGAUAGACUCCUCAGGGUAGGGGCGGUGGCAGAGAGGAUGCUGGCAAAGAAACACCAACCACAGGUCUACUUUGAUGUUCUCAAAGAAGCUAUGAGUUCACCGUGAGAAUAACAAAAUCAGCGUCAAAAUUUAAAAACGUUUUUUGGUCCGAAUUGGCAACUCUGAUGCUACAUUGGAAUAAAAUUACAAUAACUGCUGGUGUAUGUUAAUUUUCUCAAAAGAGUUCACAUUGCAAUGAGAAAAAUCAAUGGUUUUCGGUCAGUAUCAUAUUUCUUUAUAGCUUUAGGAUCCUUUUUUUUUUUGGGGGGGGGUUCAAAUUGGCAACUGUGAUGCUAGAAAGCACCAAUGACGGGUGUACGUGGAGGUGCUCAAGAAAGCCAUAGAUUCACUUUCAGUAUCUGCUCAAGAGAGAAACAACAAUGAUAAUCAGUCAUUGUCAGAUUUCAAAAGGCCUUUUAUUACCAACCACACUGGAAAUGUACGUUGUAUAUAUUUACUCAGUUGAGUUCACUGAGUAGUUAGAAGUCAUUAAAUCGCCCAUGGAAACUUCGGGAGAGAUUCAAAUGAUUAAUUAUUCAAGAGCAAAGGGCAAAAUUAUCAACUCAAGGCAUGCUUAUUCAGGUAACCAACGUUGGGUCUAAAUGGAGGUGAUCAAGGCAGCCAUAAAUUUACUUUCUGUAUCUGCUCAAGAGAGAAACAAGGAUGAUAAUCAAUCAAUGUCAGAUUUCGAAAGGCCGUUAUUACCAACCACACUUAUUAGAAGUCAUUAAAUCGCCCAAGGAAAACUAUGGGAGAGAUAUCGAUUCCCCUUUUUUGGAACUUUUUGAUAUUACUGUAAAUGAGGUUAAACGAUAUAUCGCCCAUGCCAAUGAAGGUCAUGACCAAUUACUAAAUGCAUAUUAUAAUCCAGAGCCUUUCAAUGCCAUUGAGAAGCAUUUUGCUAAUGUACCAUUAUGGUCAUGUAUGAUGCUUGGCGAGCUAUCACGGCAUGGCGAUCAAUCAAAAGAAUUUUAUGCAAAUUACAAACAUCUCCAUGAUCGUAUGAUUUCUAAAAACCCUCAUUUCCAGAAUAUUUUUAGUGACAAUCGGACACAAGGGACAAUGGAAAAGUAUAUGCAAGAGACAAAGCGGAUAAUGUUGAAUAUUAAAAAGAGUUUGACGACUUGAUGAGCUAGUUAGAUUAUAUAAGAGGGAUUUUACAAGUGUCCGAAGAACAGAAAUAGUUAUUACCAUCAUGACUCAUUCUCAACUCAAGGCAUGCUUAUUCAGGUAAUAAAUGUUUAUUCAGGAACUGAAUGAGAAGUUAAUUUACCAGCCUAUAACCAGUGAAACUCUGUCUCUAGAUGAAUAACAGAGAAAAGAUUUGUGAGAGAGUAAAUUAAAAAUUCAAUUUCUUGAAAAAUUAGAAAGUACUACUCAUGAAAAUCAUUUUGAUUACAGUACAUAUAACAAAUGUAGCAACUAUGGGGCGAUUUUUUUAUAACUUUGCUAUGAAAUACUGUUCAAAUCAGUUGAGAAAAUUAAAGUCUUUCGUAAAUACCAGAUGAAUAAUAUUUUGUAUACACAUGUGUUAAUACUUGAGGUUUAUAGGGACCAGAUAAUUCAGUACUCUUAAAGAGAUCACUGCUGUUUUGCAUCAAAUGCUUUUGUGUGGUGUGCUGUAUUUGGAACUCAGGUGAAAUUAUUGCAAUGAGGUUAUAAAGUAAUCAGAAUUUACUAUUUGAAACGUCAUAAACUGCCAGUAUAUUGUUCAUUAUGUUAGCAAUCUUCAUUAUGAUUAGAACAUGAAAAAUGUAACCAUUAGCAUAAUGUGCUUGAAGUGUUGGUGUACCUUAGUGUAUUAACAGGCACUCAGGUACUCAUUUGAAGUAAGUUGUGCAUGACAUUUCAUGCUUGAUGUUGCUUUGUCACAUAUGUGUGACAAAUAUAGACUAGAUUAUGUGUGAACCACAAUCUCUGCCAUUACCACAAGUUGAUGUAUUUCAGCAUUUUUUUGUUAUGCUUUUAAUUAUUUACUAAAUGUAAUUGAACUUCAGUUUUGUAAUACUUUUUGGAAGAUUUUCACAUUACUAUGAUUGAAAUUAUGUGUUAAAAAUGUUUUUGUAAAAAAUUGUUUAUUGUUAAUGAUUGCUAUUUUAAAGCUUUAAUUGAAAGUACAUGACUGUACUGCCAAAUUAUUCUAGACAUUCCUAGAGUUUCUUUGAUCUGAGUAUUGGAAAGAAAUCAGGGAUUUAAUUCUGAUAAAUUAUCAAUGUUUUAAUGCCA